AUGUCGGCAAAAGCCUCCGACAUCGACGUGAUCUGCGAUGAAUCUUACAAGAACCACGUCGAAAUACCAUCCAAGGUGCUGCAGAUGGAAAACCUAAAGAUGCUCUAUUUGGAUGGUAACAUGAUCACGAAUCUACCAGAAGACUUCUUCCAUAAACUGCCAAAAUUGUAUUGGCUCGAUUUACGAGGAAACCAACUUCAGAGCAUACCAUCAGGUGUCGCAAAUCACGCCAGUUUGGAGAACGUUCUUCUGCAAAAUAACAAGAUCGAAAUGUUACCGAACGAGCUAGGUUUGGUGCCAAAUCUCAAAGUGCUUCAACUCUCCGGAAAUCCUUUGAUUUAUCCACCGCAGAGCGUAGUUGAAAUGGGAGUCGACGACGUCUGCAUAUUCUUGAAGCAAGAGUAUUACAAAGAAAACCCUACCCCCAAACAAAUCCCAAGCAGAAGCAGCGACAGCGCCGCUCAAAGGGAAUCCAAAUCCUCCAAGCUGUGCAUCAAAACAAUGCCGGUGGUUUCGGUGAAAAGCCUCAGCAAAGAAAUUUUGGAUCUUCGACAAGUAAAGAAAGAUAACACUUGCAGCAAAAACCAGAAGAUCCAUAGGAUCACCAAGAGCGCUUCGAAGAUGUCCGUGCAUUCGCAAUACAACAGCGAUAGAUCUAUAGGAUUGAAAGUCAAUAUGAGUUACGAAGAGCGCGUACAAGAAAAUGAGCUCAAACAAGUUUGGUUGGAGAAGCUGAAAGAUUUGAUACGGGACCAGCAGAAGAUCAUCGAGCAAGAAAAGUCUGUUGGAGCGUUGAGCAAGUGGAGACAGAGCAAAAGAUCCGAACCUGCGAGAAGUGUCAACUGUUUGGACGCCAUCGUUACAGCCCCUUUCGACACCGAACCGGAGUAUAAUAAAUUGAUGUCACGGUCCGAUCACACCGAAGGAAUCGAGAAGCUCAUAUCCUCGAGGCGACGCCGUCUUCAGCGUCGCGACGACGUCGACGUUGAUACGUUAAUAAACGAAGUUGUAUCGAAGCUACGUGGCAUGGAAGUUAAGCUUCAGCAGGACACGAGUGCAACGCAAAAAUUGAUGAACGCCGAAAGGGAGAUCAAAAUGAUCGUGGACUUGCACAAGAGAAUUGCAGACAUCCAGACGGCAAAUGAUAUUAUGUGA